AUGACGACGCAGUGGCGAUGGUGGAUGCUGGGUGUGCCAACGGCAGUGGCUUUGGAGAACGGCCUGGCUUUAACGCCUCCCAUGGGAUGGAUGACCUGGCAGCGCUACCGCUGUAACAUGGACUGUGACAGCGAUCCCAGCACCUGCAUCAACGAGCAGUUGAUCAAAGAGAUGGCCGAUCGCAUGGCCGAGGCCGCGCGCGGCGAACGGUCGCCGGUGCGUGGAUAUUUCUGCGUGGCGGUUCCCAUCUCCGGGCGAGAGGGGCUCCUACCUGAAAACCAUGCCUGGGUUGCCGAGGCACAAAGCCUGCGGGAAGCAAGGUGGCUUUCUGCCAAGGAGCGUGGCUACCCCGACUCAAGGAAGGAGUCCAAGUGGCGUGAAAGGCACGCUCUGUGGUGCGAAGCCAACAAUGUCAACGUCAACUCAACCAGGCUUGUGGGUCCUUGCCCUGACGACCUGUUUCUUCAUCUUCCCCGAGAGAGGGAUUUGUGGACCAAGUUGAUGUUGAAUUGCCAGCAGCCUGCUCAUGCUGUGGCGGACAUAUCCCAAAGCUUGGACAGAGUGAAGGUUAGGCAUUCUGUUUUGCCAACUAUCACUCCUGGUGGCCAUGUCAUUGUGGGUGAGGUGAAGCGUGCUUUGGCCCCUUUGGAGAAGCUGCUCAUCCAUGGUUUGCCACUGCAUCGUAUGGAGCUGCCAGAUUCGAUUUCAAGUGCAGAGUGGGAAUCUAUGGGAGGCAACAUGAUGCACCUUCAAACAGUUGGGUUUGCUUGCUUGCUUGCUCUGAGCUUGGUGGACUGGCAGGGCACCAAGUACUGUGAAUGGGCCAAGCAUGGACCGCAGGGGCAGAGGGGCGGCGCCGGCUCCAGCAGCAUUGCAACCCAUCCAAAAGCACGAUCAGCCGCAGAAAAAAGGCGUGAGGACAAGCUUCGGGCUCGUUUUGGCUUAAUUCGAUCUCCCCAGGGUGUGCGGCGCUUGGCCAAUCCCCAGUGCAAAAGGACCAAGAAGAAUCAGCAGAAGCAAAGGCGGUUGCCAAAGCACGAUGGUUGGCUGGAGGCGGGCUACCGCUAUGUGAGCAUCGACGAUUGCUGGAUGACCAAGGAGCGUGAUGCCCAGGGUCGCCAGGUCGCUGACCCCAAGCGAUUUCCUUCGGGGAUGGCGGCCUUGGGUGACUACAUCCAUGGGAAGGGCUUGAAGUUCGCCACCUACGGCGACAUCGGCGCGAAGACGUGCCAAGGCUUUACCGGUUUCCAAGGCCACUUCGAGCAGGAUGCGCAGACCUUUGCGGAGUGGAAGGUGGACUACUUGAAGGUGGAUGGAUGCUUCGAGUCGCCCAAGGACAUGGCGCGCGACUACCCAGCCUUUGGCGCCGCCUUGAACCAGACGGGGCGACCCAUCGUCUACAGUUGCAGCUGGCCGGCCUACAUGCCUUCGCACUGCGAGAAGAGCGAUCACUGCAUGGAUUCGUUGGUGGAACAUUGCAACCUCUGGCGGAAUUUCGAUGACGUCCAGGACAGUUGGGACUCGGUGAAGAGCAUCGCCAACUUCUGGCGCCGCCGCAACGCCAGCGACGAGAUGGUCCGCGCUGCCGGGCCGGGGCACUGGAACGAUCCCGACAUGCUGCUGGUGGGCGACUUUGGUCUUUCGCCCUCGCAGGAGCAGACCCAGUUCGCGCUGUGGGCCAUUUGGGCUGCACCGCUCUUCAUGUCCAACAAUUUGAGAGACAUCAAGCAAAGCUCCAAGGAGAUCCUGUUGAACCGGGAGAUCAUCGCGGUGAAUCAGGACCUGUUGGGACACCAGGGCUUUUGCGUGGGCGGCUGCGAUGGCGAUCUUCGCAUCUGGGCGAAGCCCUUGGUAGGGGGUGAGACGGCGGCGGUGCUGCAGAAUCUACAGGAGGGUGGCGACGGGGAGAACAUCACCCUGACGAUGGCCAUGACCGAUCCGUCGCUCGACCGGGAGAGCGAGGUCGCGAACUCGAGUUCGCGGAAGUCAGGCGGACGGCUGGAGCGCGGGAACCGUGAGCUCGGAGAGAGCGGGAUCGCGGGCGAGGGCAAGUGGCGUGUCUCCAAGCAACGCCUGGUCCUCGGUUCGGUUUCCGCCCGCCUGCGGCGGGAGACGGACUGGCCCGAAGAAGGGCAUGUGUCAGAGGAGGUGAUCAACGAGUAUGCCGCACGACAGCCGAACCCCCUUCGGAUGGAAGAGGUGCUGGCCAUGAAGGAGACCCAGGCCACAGCGGAGAUGCUGAAACAAGAGAUCCCUGCUGGGGAGCCCGGUCGUGGUGUUGGGUGCAUCGGCCGCUCGGCUGGCCGACCACCUGGCUGA